AUUAAAAGGCAGAAUUGGAACCCAAUCCAAAUCCAAUCCAUCAGAAGGAUGGGAAAAAUGGGAUCUUCAGCGGCUUCCCUUCUUUUUGCUGCUUUGGUUGCUCUCCUCUCCCUAAACUUGCCUUCAACAGCCACUGCUAACUACGUCUACGCCUCGCCUCCCCCUCCCAAGUCGCCCUACUACCCGCCUCCCGUCUACCACUCUCCGUCCCCACCUAAAUCACCUUACUAUCCACCUCUACCCACCCCCAGUAUACCACUCCCCACCACCACCAAAGAAGCCAUACUACUACUCAUCACCACCACCUCCUCCCUAUCACUAAAAAUUAAGUGCCUUUCAACGUCAAGCAGGAAGAUGAGGUGACAAUAUAUAUAUGCCAAAGUCAAAAUAAGGCGCUUUGUGGAAACAUCUGAAGCACAGUGUGAAUUUUAGUUUGGUUCUUAGCGAAAUUAAUUAUCAAUCGAGUAAUUUGGUCUUUCUUUUUCAUAAAUUAUAUUACAGUUUUCCAAUGUUAUUGCAGUUUGUAUGCCCCAAGUAUUUGUCUGUAAAACAGAAUCCCAUGUUGUCUUUGUCUGUAAUGGAGCUCAGCUCAGCCUUUUGCCCAAAGCAGAGGUUGUGCGCUUUAUUUACAUAUAAUUUAAUAAAUGCAUUUUCAAAUUUUCUCCA